AGAAAUACAGUGAUGUCAUUGACGUUCAAUACAAACAGAAUAAGAAUUAACAAUUUUAUUUAAGUAUUUCGAUGAAAAAAAAAGUUGAAACAAACAAAAUCAGCUGGUGACCUUCAUCAAUACCCUUAUAAUUAAUUGGUAUUUAUUUAAGAAACUUACUGGGGAUCACUAACUUUCAUCGCGUGUGGAUCUGAAUGCUGCCCGAAAUUUUAAACGGUUAAUUGAAUUGAAAAUAACUCAUUCAACAACAGAGAACAAUAUAAACGCGCAUAAAUACUAAAUGAAUUCAAUCAACGAUGUACAGACAAACGAUGGAAAGUAAAUAUAGUGACGUUAUAACAAUUAUAACAUUUACAUAAAUUUUUAAAGGGCAUGACGCGUGCGAUACAAAAUAAGUAGGAAAGGAGGAAGGGAAUAAACAAGUACAAUUCAAGGGGUGUAAAUGUUCAUGAAUUUGAGUUGUUCUUCCUCGCUCUGAGGGGUUCAGAUGGAAAAACGCGAAGGAAGAAAGUAAGAUGGGAAGCUGGUUCAUAGUUAAAAUAGAGAAAGAUGAAGAAAUUGUGGCCGCGAUAUUGUCGCGCGCACAAGAACCGAAGGAGGGAUGUGUACACUGGAUACCACCGAUAUAUUAUAUGGGGUAUAAAUACAUGAAUCGCGCAAGCUCCAAUCAUCAUUUGUUCUCUGAAUUUUCCAAAGUCAAAACUCUUAUCUAAGCGUUACUUUAAAAUCGCGAUAGAGCUUUGCUUUAUAGUUUUUUUAACUGCAUUUAUUUGACGUAGUGCAUUUUUGAUAGAUCACGUGUUAAAAAAAAUCUAUAUACAUUAUUUUCCAAUUGAUACAACAAUUGGAAUUAUUUAAACCCCAACUGGAGCAAAUUUAACGUAUAACAAUGAAUCUUCAAUGGGCAUUAAUAACAUUGACUAUCUUGGCUUGGUGGUCGCAUGCGAAUGCUGGAAGAUUAGCAAGACCUGAUUGCGAGAGAUUUGUAUUUCACCCCCAUUGUAGAGGAACGCAAGCCAAAAAACGGGUUAUUACAGAUCCUACAGCUAUUAACAGUAAUAUUAAAGAUAGUAAUGCGGAAAGAUUAUGUAUAUGCAAGUACUUGACCAAAAGCGGAAAAAGAGAUUUACUGGCUAUUACAAAAUUACUAGAAACAAUGCUCGCUAAUGGUGUUGACGUCAAUAUGCUUUACGACGCGUAUUCAAAUAUGGGACUGUUAUCAAACAAAGAUGGUAAUGAUAAUUUGAGAUCAACGCAUCGUACAAACCAACUGAGCAGAAAUAGUGAUAAUGUUGAUUAUAAUAAACCGGAUAUUGACUUGGAUUACUAACACAAGACGACACUAAAAUAACAAUAAUAAUAACGAUUAAGAUGUCAAGUAUUUUACGCGAUUGUAUAACUUACUUAAAUGAAUUUAUUGUUUGUAAUGUUAAAAUAACAAUUGAUACAAAGCAAACAACCUUUUGAAAAAAAUCAGUCAAUAUAUUUAUGAUAAAAAUAAUUUUAAUGUGAAUUAAUAAUUUUAAAUUUUAAAUCCUUCCAUUGUAUAUAUGUAAAACAUCUCAAAUAUUAUUUAUAUAAUAUAUA